AUGGAUGAGUCUACUGAUGUCGCUGGUCUGGCUAUCUUGCUGGUUAUCGUGAGAUAUCCAUAUGAAAGUUCUUUUGAAGAAGACAUGCUUAUGUGUUCACCGUUGCCCACAAACACUACCGGAGAAGAAAUUUUUACUAAAAUAAAUAUAUUUUUUGAAGAAAAUAAUCUCAGUUGGAACGAUUGCAUUGACAUUUGUACAGAUGGGGCCAAGGCGAUGAUGGGUAAAAUAGCAGGAGUCGUGUCACGAAUACAAAAGAAAGCACCUAAUUGUGGUUCCAGUCAUUGUCUCCUGCAUAGACAAACACUAGCAAUGAAGCAAAUGCCGUCAAACCUAAAAUUAGUAAUGGAUGAAGCGGUAAAAAUUAUUAAUUUUAUCAAAUCACGACCACUACAAUCCCGAUUGUUCUCAUUAUUGUGUGAAGAUUUUGGUAGCAAACAUAAAACACUGCUGCUCCAUCAGAAGUGCGAUGGCUGUCUCGGGGUAAAACUUUAA